GCCUGGCGGUGCAGAUUUCAGAGGAUAAAACACUGCAAUAACAAAGCGAGAAGUCAACCGAAACAGAAAGACACACAGAGAGAGGAUGCUGAGUCUGGUGGUGGGUGUGGUAUCUUCAAUUUCGAUCCUCACGAUCCUCGUGAAGUUCGCCAUUGCAGAUGGGGAUUUUACCUUGACGUCAAAAAGGCGUGCCAAGCGCGAAGAAGUCGAAGAUAAGGUUGUUUGGAUUACUGGCGCCAGCAAAGGAAUUGGAGAGGUUCUUGCAAAACAAUUUGCAAGUUUAGGAGCCAAGCUUAUACUUUCUGCACGAAAUGAAGCUGAACUGGAGAGAGUCAAAACACAGCUUGUUGGUAAAAAUGCACCAGAUGGAGUAAAAAUUUUACCUUUGGAUUUGGCAUCUGGUGAAGAGGCUCUGAGGGUAGCUGUACAGAAAGUGGAGUCCUUGCUUUCUGGUGCUGGUGUUGAUUAUAUGGUGCAUAAUGCAGCCUAUGAACGUCCUAAAACAGGAGUUCUUGAUGUAACCGAAGAAAGUCUGAAGGCUACAUUGGAUGUAAAUGUUCUGGGAACAAUAUCUCUCACACGGCUCUUGGCACCUUCAAUGUUGAGGCGAGGGAAAGGUCAUUUUGUUGUGAUGAGCAGUGCUGCAGGAAAAGUGCCUACACCAGGUCAGGCUGUAUACUCUGCUUCUAAGCAUGCUCUACAUGGAUAUUUUCAUUCUUUCCGUUCUGAGCUCUACCAGAAAGGGAUUAAGGUGACAGUUGUAUGUCCUGGACCGAUAGAGACAUCAAAUAGUACUGGAGCAAGCACUUCAGGAGAGAAGGGAUCGUCUGAGAAGCGUUUGUCCUCAGAAAGGUGUGCAGAGCUGACAAUCAUUGCAGCAACACAUGGGCUAAAGGAGGCCUGGAUCUCGAAUCAGCCUGUACUUGCUGUUAUGUAUUUGGUGCAGUACAUGCCUACCGUUGGAUUCUGGCUUAUGGACAAGAUUGGUGGGAAUCGAGUUAAAGCUGCUGCACAGAAGGGAAACCUCUACUCAAUGGGAUUACUCUUUGGUAACAAGAAGAAGGCAACUUGAGCAGAUGAUGCUUAUAACUGUUUGUCAGUAGAUUCAAAACUAGAUCCAUGUAACAUGUAUCUGUACCAUUUGUUUUUAGUCUCACUUGGAUGACUCCAUGCUUACAGAAUUUAUUUUGUUUAUUUGUUUUCCUAUCAAUGUUCUUUCUCUUUUUCUCCCCCCGCCCCUUCCCUCCUUCCCUCCCAAUUUCCCUCCUGGAAUAAGGCAAUGGUGGUACUAUUUUGGUGGAGCAGCUUUCUGAUUGACACUGGCAGUCCUGUCUUUUGUUUCUAAAUUCUGUCAACAACUGAUUAAAAUACAAACUUCUCCCAUCAAAUUUUGUAUGAAAAUAUCAGUUGAUCCUUUUUCCUCC